AUAGAUAUUUAGAGCAGUUCUAAUUUUUAGUAUAAAUACACCCAACUUAAUCGGUUAGGCAUCCAGAACAACACACAUGUGCAUUCAGAAUUCGAGCAGUAUGGGUCUUUGAAGUUUGCCUGCAUGUCAAGAAACAAGAUACAAUAGAAGUUAUUUUCAAUGAUGAACAGGUCGGGUGAGACACUAGAAAUUGUUUACAAUGAUGAAGAGUUUGAUAAAGACAAAUGUCAUAGGCAAGAUUCUGGGAAAGUGUGUUUUUCAAAGACAUGGAAUCAAUGUAAACAAAAAAGGGUUAAUGCCCGCUGGAGACUGCAGUAAUGUUUGCCUCUAAUGUAGUAUAAAUAGGGCACUUCGGGCAGUUCAAUUUCCAUCCCACACCGCAUCAUCCACUCUCAUAACCUUUCAUUCGAUGAAAGCAAAUCAAGGAAUGAUACUCUUUUCUAAGAGAUGUUGAUCACACCAAGACUACUUGGGCAAUCAAGGUGAAGGUGAUCAGGGAAUACAAAUUGCCAGAGUUUGUCCUCAUUGACUCUCAGGGUGACAAAAUUCACGGCUUGGUUAAGAGGCCACAACUCAGGAUGUUUAGGCCAAGGACAAAAGAAAAUGGAUUUUCUUAUUCUAUUAUACUAAUUGUACACAGAUACAAAUCAUUAUAUAGACUAUAAAUACAGUUCGUAUAACAUAUAGUAUAUAUAUAUUUAUGUUGAUAUUAUUAUAUGAAAUUAAAUUACUUAUGUUAAUAUACAUAGCUUUAAUAUUAAAUUAUUUAAAUAAAGGUUUAAUCUAUGUAUGUGAUUAUGUCAUUAUAUUAUGACAUAGUAUGAUAGUUAUAGAUUAAAAAAACGAGAUGAUAAACAGUACAUAAGGCGUAUGAAUAAUUAUGGAAUACAUAGACAUUGUAGUCAUAGGUAUACAGUAUAAGUCGUAUCUGAAUGCCAUCAGAGCCAAUGGUAUAAAUAGCAUACAGUAUUCAUACGACCGUAGCAUUAAAAAAUGGAAGCAUUAAAAAAUAAUUGAACUUAUAACCUAAGAAUCAUUCGGUUUCAAUUUUAUAAAAUGAAUUCUAUGUUCAAUUAUUUUAAAAAAUCAUUAGUUAUAAAAAAUCAUUAACCGAACGAUGCUUAGGUUAUAAAAUUAACUUUCACUUAAAUUGGAAAAAAGCUUUUCAAAGACGAAACUGGAGAAUCAAACAAAAGAUAUACUUUCCCAACAUCAAAUUAAAAACCAAAAACCAUGUUCAUCGAUCACCAUACACAGAUCUGAUAUUUCGACAGACCUGACCACGAAAUGGUAUACCCGACAAGAUUUUUUUAUCCUCAAACCGCAAAAAUAUCAACAGAUCUAUAGAUGUUGGUAAAAUCUUUGAAAACCGAUUCGUCAAUAGGCUUAAGUCCAUUAAUAAAAGUCAUGCAUGCGGAAAAAAUAAGUAAUAUUUGAUGAAACAUAUUACAAGAACACUCAGUCAAAUGAGAUAUGUGAAAAUUUGUAGAAAAUAUACACAUGAACUGUUUAAAACAAAGAAAAUGUUUGAGUAUUAAUGUUUUGAAAGAGGAUAUACCAAACGACUGAGACCAGCCGCAGAAUCCACGAACGAUGAUAACCGACGCUUAACAUCCAGCGUUAAUGCCGCACCGACCUUCACAGACGACCGGAAAAACGGUGAAAGUGAAGGGCUAGACGAAGGACUACCGAAGGGGUAGGUUGUGUCGUUGUGUACGGAGGUUGCCAAAGAGAGGGGUGAAUGAUCUGGAGACCAUUGGUCUGAUGGUGUAACCGAUGAGUCUCCAGGGAGUGGGGGGAUUAUACAUUAAGGGGGUUGGGUCGGGUAGGUUUAGGGAUUUAAUGUGAGGGUGGAUAGGGUUGCUGGGUUGGGUAGGGUUAGACACAAAUAUUUAAAAUAAUUGGGUUGUUGGGUCAAAAAGGCUGGAAUUGAGGUCCAAUUGAAGUUCAAUUUAAGCUAUAAAUUAAGCUAUAAAUUGAUGGUCCUAAUUAUUAGAGUAUUAAAAUUAUCAUUUUAAUAAAAUCCAAAAGUGUUUAAAUUUUUAUUAAUAAUUCUUAAUUAAUAAUUGCUUUUAAUUUUUUAACAAUUGAAGGUUUAACUCGAAUAAAACACAAAAUGAUUUUUGUUUGUUAUGAUGUCAUUGAUUUCUUUUAUUAAUAUUUGUUAAUUUUUAAAAUCGAAAUUAUUUUUUUUAAUGAAUUAUUAUUAUUAUUAGUAUUAUUAUUUGUAAUUAUGGAUUAUAAGUGUGGUUGAGUUCCUUUUAUUAGGGCAUUGGCUUUAUGUAAUUAAAGAUUAAAGAUUUGAGAAGUGUAUCACAAAAUAUUGUUUUGUGAUGAGGAUGAUCAAGAGAUUGAUUAUACUGCUAAUGUUGUUUACAAAAAAGUUUUUCAGAGUUUGUAGUUUGAUCUUGAACACUCAUCAUUUUAGUUCUCACUUUCUACUUUAAUUUCAAAUGUUAUAUCUCUUUUAAAAUACUCCGUAUUUACAGUUUCCCUUAUUGAUGAUGUUUCAAUUUCUCUUUAACUACAAACACUUAUUUUGUUACUAACCACUUUAUUUUGAGUUCAAUUACUUUUACGUUUUUAUAAUACACUUCUUAAUAACAUGUCGGUAAAUUUACAUUCGCGCAUCGCGCGGGUGAGAAUCUAGUAAUGGAUAAUACGUCUAUAUCUCGUAACUAGUUUCAAGGCAUUGUGCAUUAUGUAUAGAAUGCACUUUUAAAAUAUACUUCGUACCCAAUAUCACAUUUCUCUAGGAGAAAUAUGAAUACGAACCGAAUGCAACUCGACGAUAAUAUCUAAGUAUAUUAGAGACCUCAUUUGUACAUUGUGUACCUGAAUGAUUUAUUUAUUACUAAAUAUGUCUUCAGGACAUGGAUCUUCGUCCAAAUUAGAACAGUAUUGUGUACAAUCAAUAUUAUACGACAACUUAAAGUGGAUUUUCGAGUUACAUUGGGUUCCUAUAGACAUGUAUCAUUCCACAAAUCCAGUGAUAUCGACAGAGUGCUAUAGUAAAAUCCUAUAUUUAUGCAUUGGGUUAACAAGUUUUAUCUGUAUAGAAAUAUACGUUUUCGAGUAUCAUGUGAACUAAUGCAUUGGGUUAUAUACCACUUAUAAAGUAUUAUCCAUUUGGGAAAUAUAUUAACGUAUGAUUCAGUAUACACAUGCAUAUCUUUAAAUAUGUCACAAUGUUUUAGAUGAAAAUCAGAUAAACCCACUACAAUUUAUAUUAUGAUUUAGUAAAUACUCCACUUUGCAAUAUCUUUCAUUAUUAUAAUAUUGUGUAUUAUAAACACAUUCCUAUAUUGGGUUCCUAUAUAUACAUGUCCAAAUACAUGUCGUAUUUGAACAUGUAUACGAAUAUACACAUUACCUAUCACAAUCAAUGUGGAUUCGAAAACACUAAAUUAUAAUGGGUUUAACAAUGCAACUCACAUUUGUAAAUACACUUGAAGACAUGUAUGAGUUGUAUUCAACCCGAUUAGACUAUAAUCUACACAUAUCAUGACAACCCGAAACUGUAGUCCCAAUGCAAAGUAUGGAUAUCCCAAAUUAAAAUACAUAUUGUAUAAAUCACCUAAUCGUUGUCAAUCCUAUAUAUACUUGAUGUUUACACUGAAACUUAUGGUAGACAUAAAUACGGUUGUAUAGGAGUUAUAGGAACCCCUUCGAGUUGCAUAUACAAAUUUGAAAUGUAAUACUUACAUAUAAUUAAGACCACAGAUAAUAAUCUUAAAUAACUUGUAGAUGCACAAUGGAUUUUCGAGAAAGAUACAUUGGUGUCGUAUACAUAGACACCUAGAUUGAGUUGCAUUGGUUUCGGGAUACAGUCCUACAUUUAGGAGAUAGUGGGUUCACUUAUUGGAUUUUCGAGAAUACAUAUUAUAAUGAUUCUAGUACACUUAUUUCGGAUAAACAUGUCAUGUGUGGACACAGAUUGUGAUCAACCCUAAAAUUAACAUGUCUACACAUAAUUUAUAGUGACACAAAUCUAUGUACACACAAUUUACGAAAUGUGUCCUGAAUUUAUGAUAGUCCCAAAUAUCUCCGUAGACAUCUAAAGUCAUAUUCACGGAGAUUGAUACAUGUCUUCAAGUCCAAAUUACCCGAAAUUUGGUUGUGCCGAUAGAUUGUGUAUUAUAGAAUUCUGCAUACACUAAAUCACCUGAAGGAGAAAUGACUAAAAAUUUGACUAAAUGCCUAUAUCAACCGAGUCAUUGGAAUCUUGAAGUUUCUAUGAUACACAAUCUUUCUUUCUAUACAUAAUUUGGACUUAGAGACAUCACGAAAAUGAACAAUGUUUGUUUAUAAGAUGAUGAGAUUUCUUGUAUAUUCAGUGAACCGAGUGCAUUUAGUGUACAAUAAUCUUUAUAGUGUAAAUAUACUAUAUCUUUAAUUUGACACGUUAUCGUAAUAUUUAUGUGCCAUGUAUCUUUCUUUAAAUACGACAAUGUCUUGUGUUUAUAACUAGACUUAAAGUUAUAUACAUAAUUUAAGAUAUGUAGUAUGAUUUAUGAUAAAGAAAAAUCCCAAUGUAAUAAACACAUGUGCAUUUCUCGGAUGACAUUAAGAUACACUGAAGACAUGUAUCUUUCUUUCUAUACAUAAUGAGCAGGGCCGGCUUUGGGGCCAGUCAGCCUAGGCGUUUGCCUAGGGCCUCACAUUAGGGGAGGGCCUCAAAAAACAAAGUACUCCAUAUGCAAAUUUAAUUUUGGAAUUUAGUUACUAGAAUUAGAAGUUGGAAGGCCGAAGCAGAAAUGUAGAUACGAUUCCUAAACUUUAGACCAUCGAUAUCUAGCAAUAGAAAAGAACUCAAGAACGCGAAGGAGAGCUUGUUUGCAAGGGAUUAUAUUUCUUCGUGCGAGAAGGUUACAGACGUGAGUUCCUUUGUAGCUGGAGGUUUUUUUAAGUGGGAUUGUACGUGGGGGAUUUAGGAUGUUUGAGCGACUGUGUGAGGAAGGCAGUAUGAAUUGGGGGGGGGGGGGUCGCCGGGUCGGUGAUGAAGAAGUGGGUUCAUGAGAGUGGUUGAACAGUGCUGUCCAAGCAAGAGGUCUAGAUGCCUAAAUACUGUCCAAGCAAGAGGUCAAGGAUUUUAACUUUUUAGUAUUUGAGUUAAAUACUUGAGUUAAAUACUUAGUUUCUAAAUGCCUAAAUAUUAUAUACCGAGUACAAGUGUGUAAUUAGUGUGAUUGCAUUCAUCCCACUAAAUUAGAUAUUUUAUUUUAUUUUAUUUGUGAGUGCAUUUAGAAAAUUUAAGUUUUGAAUUAAUUUGUUUAUGCAUUUCGUAUUAUCUAUAAAUAUGUUGGUACAAAAUUUGAGUCGGGAGGUCUGAAGAGAAAAAAUUAGAUGAGAAGAGAUUAUUUACAAUCACUUGUUAGCUCUAUAGACUGAUAUGUAAAAACACUUUCUUCUAUUUUUUAAAAAAUGUUAGCUAGUUUUGAUUAGUGAUGGUCGUAUAAAUUUUGCACUUUAAGAUAUUUGCUUAUUAAAAAAUACAUUUUGUAAUGCAUUUUGUAUAUGUUACAUUUAUAGCCUGUUUGGUAUCAAUGUUUUUCGGCUUAUCAAGUUUAUCAACCAUUUUUUCACCAAACACGUAACUUCUGAAUUGUGUAAUAAUAAGAAAAUGUAAGAUUGAAAUUACUUUUCUGGCUGUAUUGACUGAAAUUACUGCAGAUAAUCAUUUUAGCUAUUUUCUCAUAUAACUUUUUCUUUAUUAUAUUAACAAAAUAUAUUUUAAAUAUAAUUUUUUCAUAAAUUAACAGAAUCAGCCAAUACAAUCACUUUAACCAGAACUUUAUAAAUUUAAGCAAAGUCAGCCGAUUCAGCCAAUUUCAGUGUUACCAAACAUGCUAUCAAAAUUUUAUUGUUUGAUUUGAAAUUCACAAUAUAUGAUGAAUUUGUAUUUAUUCUUUCUUAUUUAUUUUAUCUUUUUUCAGAUAUAAAAAUUAAAACUUUUCGCCUAGGGCCUCCAAAACGCCGGAGACGGCCCUGAUAAUGAGUUUACUAGAAUGUCUCUAAAUUGAGUUAUAAUAGCAAAUGUUUAGGCCAAUCUAUCUGUUAGGACGUAUGCACAUGAGUUAAUUUAUAUGCAUAACUCAUGACAAUAUAAAUUUAUGUGUAUAUACCAUAGAGUUUAGUGGGUAUACUAAACAUUUCUGUAGGAUAUAUAAUGAAGAAAUCGGAAUCAAAUGUAUAGGAACCCAUAUACUCCUUCAGACAUAUGCAUAAAUUGUUUAAAUCAUAAUACAUACUCCCUCCGUCCCAAAUUGUUUUGCAAAGUCAACAUUUUUUGGUCAACCAAUAAUAAAAGUCAAUGCUUCGUAUCGAUAAUUAAUUCAACUUUUAAUAAUUAAAAUUUACAUAUUUAGAAUCUACAUUAAAAUAUCUUUUAGGUUGCAAACUCCAAAUUAGAAUAUAAUUAAAAAUUGACAUCCUAAUUAAACGAAUAAAAUGAAUUGUUUGACCAAGAAAAAUCAAAUUUGCAAAUCAAUUUGGGACAGUGGUAGUAUAUAAUUUGUCUGAAAUCUAUAUCAUAAUAGAUUGAUCUCAUAUUAGGUACAAAAUCAUACAAUACGUCCUAAAUACAUUUCCCGAAAUACAUGCAUCUAAUAAUAACGAAAUGUAUACAUUUUAUGUAUGACGAAUAUCAAUUUGUGGCCUAGGCAUAUUGGCAUAAUUGAGGUAUAUACACAUUUAUACCCUAUGCACUUGAGACACUGAAGGAUCAUAUAAAUCCAAUAAACUCCUUAUGUCCAAAUGCAUAUUCGAGUGUAUACUUAUAAAUAAACACUCACUAAUUGUGUAUUAUACGUGAUGGAAAAUACCAUUUUUCAUGACAUAUAAAGAUACGUGAACCUUAUUUUGUAUGUCUUCAGUCUAAAAGUGGACUUUCGAUAACAAAAAAUGAAUGUUUUCUAUGAUAUAUACUUCCUCCGUUCUUUUUUAGUUGCAACGGUAAACAUUUCACACUUGCCAACGCACAUCUUUGACCGUAAUUAUAUCUUAAUCUCUAUUAGUAAAAAAUAUUUAAAAAUUAGUUUUUGAAAAUUUGUAAUGAGAUGAAUUGAACAAUACUUUUUUUUAAAAAAUAAUUUUCAUAAAAUAAUAAUAUAAAAUGUAGUCAAAGUAGAACAUGUGAAUAGUGUAAAAUUCAACAUGUUGCGAUUAAAAAGAGACGGAGGAUAGUAUGUAGAUAAUCCAACUUGAGAUUGGCAUCAGAUAGAUACGUUGUAAUUAAGGUUGAUGUAGUAACACAUUUCUCCGUAAAUGAGUUAUGCAUAAUGAAAGAUACAUGUAUGCACAUUUCUCCUAUAUUUAUGAUACGACAUUAUGUAGAUACACUGAAGACAUGUAUAGGUUGUCGUAAACCGAUUUGCAUACGUCAACAUGACUCCGUAACUCCUGAAGUAGAAAUGUGUUUUGAGUCACAAAUUAGGCAAGAUAUAUAUGUAUCAUGACAGUAUAGCACUUAUGUGAAUACCAGUGAGAUUUCGAAUCAUGUAGAUUCAGUGUAUAGAAAAUCUAUCGAUACAUAAUAUAGGAACCCAAUGCAACUCGACGAUAAAUCUAAUGUCUUCAGUGUUUUCGGGAUUAUUAUAUGAAUAUUUUAUAGAGUUUUCGUUGCAAGUGAACCAAUAAUAGUAUAUGAAUAUGUGUCAAUAGUUAGAGUAGGAUUUUUACAACUCCCAAGUCCAAAUUUACGUGUAAUAAAGAUUUUGAUCAAAACGUUUCAUUAUUAGGUUCGUAUAUUUGAUGAUUGCACAUUUAUAUGUAUCCAAAAACAUUUGAUAGGAACAAUUGGGCAUGUAUCUUUCUAUAAAUUUCUACAUUAUCUAUUAUGAAUAAUGUAUAAUCCAUUGUCUUCAGUGUUUCUAUAUGAAAUUGUAAACACAUAAUAGGCCUAAUAUUCGUAUCCACAGUGGAAAUGUGUAUAUUUUACAUUGAACUAUAUUCAUUUCAAUGUAUCUAUUAAAUAGGCCUAAAUAGAUUCUAUUUAGGAACCCAAUGCAAUUAAAUUCGGGUUAAUUCGUUGUCACUUUACUUAUGCAUAUCUAGUGUAUUAUCAUAUGCAUAUGACAAUUCAUUUCAUAUACAAGGAUUUAGUAAAUAUCAUAAUUCGGUUUAUUAUUGUUAUCUAAUAACAAUUUUUACUUAAUGAUACAAUCAAGGCACUCGAAAUUAUCAGAACACUAUAAUAAUGUUUUUAAUUUCUAUAUAUACAAGUCCAAAAUAAAUACACAUGUAGGGUAUUCUCAUAUUGUUUUCUAUUUUCGAGUUGCAUUGGGUUCACAUACUCGUAUAGGAACCCAAUACACGUAUCACUGUCCAAUCAAGACACUAUACAUAAUUUGGAUUUGAGUUCUGAAGAAGAAAUGUGUAUUUAUGAUAUAGGAACCCAAUCUACAUUAAACUCGAAAUUAUGUCCUGAUAAUUUCGAGUGCCUAAUUUACUUGAGUUCUGAUAUAGUAACAUACGUUUAUAUGAUUUCGGUUGAUUAUCCUGAAUUUUUUCGAAUACAUGGGUUCCUAUGUAUGCAUUUGAAAUACACAUUCGACAUGAUAAGUUUAGUCAUAGGUGACAUCAACUUUGGAAAAGAUAAUUUCCUAUAGUAACGGAAAUUAUAAGAUAUAUCACUGUGAAGAUUAUCACAAAUACGAUAUAUCGGUUGGAUUUCGUUGUCUAUGAUAUGUAUAAACCCACAUAUGCAACUCCCUCAUUAUACAGUGCAUAGGAUUUACAUCAAGUAUACAUUACUAUACAAAGGUAUGAUAUGGACUAGUAUGCACAGUGGAUAUAAUAAUAGGUUAUGUAAAAUAUCAAUCUUUUGAACAUGCAAGAUACAUGUCAUUAGGUGUAAUAUAAUAAGGACUUAUGUUAAAAUUAAGUACUCGAAAACACUGUUUAUAAAAUAUUGAGUAUCAAAAUGUCUUUCCUAUGUAUAGUGGUUAUUUACCACUAUGAUAUAGUGCAAAUCAUACGAUGGACUUCAGUGUAUAUAUAAUCCUAUAUCAUUGUCGAAAGUACACAGGAUAUAGGAUUACUAAGAGCAUCUCCAGUCGGAAGCUGUUAACAUUAAAAAUCAUGGCUACGUCUUCCACUUUAAACAUUGGCGUAUAAAACUUCUUCCCAACGCAGCCUGUAUACUUUCCUGUAAUGCUGACUUGUCAAAAAAUAAUUUUGACACUGUAUACAUUACUGUUUUCGUAUAACGUAACACUGCCGUUCACAUGCUGAGUCAGCCAUUUUUAGCUGAUAAAAAUUAUUCCGCCGAUUAAUAAAACUACCCGCGAAAAAAAUCUCUCUCCCACCUCCCAAAUUAUCUCUUCCAGUAUCCCACCCUCCCACUCCCACUUCAUUUCUUUUCUCCUCAAAGUGAAGCUUCGUAGAUGGAGGAGUGUUCAAGGCAGCAUAGCUCUCUUCAACAGAUCUGAUUUGUGGUAAGUACAUAGGUUUUUUUUCAUUUCCACAAAUUUCCCACUUUAAAUUUACCUCUUCUUCUAUUGAAUAGAUUCAAUCUACGUGCUCUCUCUGUCGGCACCUCUUUUGUCUAACUUCGGUGAAGCUGUUUACAUAUUACAGUGAGGCGGUGACAAGGCGGUGGUAUGUGCUCAUAUACUGGGGAGUUGUUUCAGAUUUCUUUUUUGUUUAAGAAAUGUGAUAUGCUUUAACUAUUUUUUGGGUUGGUUUUUGUAUUUUUUUAUCAAUAGGCAAUUGUUGAGCCUAAUAUGUCAAAAUUGACUAAAGGUCGACAUGUAAGUAGGCAAUCUGAAAAUAUCAAUAGUUCUUAGAUGUUCUUACAAAUAAUUUUCUCAUAGCAGUAACAUACCUAAAUCAGGGAAUAGAGCUUGUGUUGGGCCCUGUAUUUUAUUACAUUAUAGAUAAAACAUUAGUCUGUUAUGCUUCUCUUACAAAAAUAUAAUGGAUUCAUAGUUGUUAGUUAAAUAAUUUAGGGCCAAUUGGGUAGAGGUUGUUUUUCUGGCUAAAUUAAUUGAGUUCAGCAAGGAAAACCACGUUUGGUGAAGCUGGUUUAAGCCAAAUAAGCCAAAGCUAGAUUAUUCCAAGUGUCCUGCUGAUAAGAAGAAAAGGUAUGGCUAUUAUAUUAUGGCUACCAAAUUGAUCCUGAACUUACAAAGUAUUUUGACGAAAGUGGGUUGAUAAAAAGGUUUGUAUUCAAAUGUGAUUUGUCAAGUCCAUUUAGUAAAGUAGAGUUGUUGAAAUUUGCCUCAAAUUUCAAUUGGAAAAGUGAAAAGGAACUUAAAGUUGUGUUUGCAAAAGGUCAAAAGCUCUCAUAGAAACAGUUUUGCACUUUCUAAAAUCUGUUGUUUUUUAAUGAAUUGUGAAAACACAUUCUGAUUUGGCUUUCAAGAUCCAAUAGCCAAAACCCGUAGUCCUAUGACAUAUACUGACUACUAUUUGCAGCCCUUUUUUGAGUUUUUCAUGACUAUACACAAUGAUCUUAUUACAUAUACUUGCUAUUCUUUGCAUUCUGAAAUACAAUAAUUUCUUUAACAGAACCUAACAUAACAUUCAUUUAUUAUCUACGAGACUUAUAUUAUGUAUAGGUAUGUAAAGAAAUGGAUUCACAAGACCCGGAGACCUUCUCAUCUUCUCAGUAUCAGUACAAUUACAUUAUACCAUCUCAACUCUCAAACCAAUCACUUCACCCAACUCCACCAGUCCAACCUGCUUAUAACUUUAACCAAAGUAAUGGAAUGUAUCCUUAUUGUGUGGACCAAUAUGGAUCUAAAAUGUCAUUCCAAAGUCUCUCUUGAAUUCUCCGAUAUUAAAUACUCCAGUAGCCAAUGCUCAAUUUGAGAGUUCAACAAAAAGAUCAAAAAAGAAAGGUGAUGAUAUCCAGAUUAUACCUCAAGCUGCAAGUUCCAGAAAAGAAUGGACCAAAGAGGAAGAUGUAGCAUUGACAAUGCAUGGUUACACGUAUCAAUGGAUUCAGACAUCGGAAACAAUAAAAAAAGUACUGCUAUGUGGGUGAGAAUAGUAGAAGUUUUUAAAGAAAAUAUGGGAGCUAGAUGCAAUCCUCUUAGAAACAACAACAGCUUGCAGUUGCAUUGGGGGAAAAUACAAGCAGCGGUGAAUAAGUUCGUUGGACAUUAUGAGCGACUAGAUAGGCACCCAAAGAGUGGCACAAACUUGGAUGAUUUGAUAAAAAAGGCAAUGGGAUCGUAUGAAGACAUUCAAGGAAGCCCAUUCAAAUAUCUCCAUUGUUGGGAAAUAAUGAGUAAAAAUCCAAAAUGGUACUCCGAACAUGUGAAGCCAACAUCAACAAAUAAAAAAACAGUUCACACCUCCAGCUCACCUGUAAGAGAGGACCAUGCACCGAGUAUUGAUGAACAAAUUAUGGCCUCUGGAGGUACUAACUCAGAUGGGCUCAUUCGUCCCCAAGGAAGAAAGGCUUGUAAGGAAAGAAAAAGAAUGUUACACGAGGAAAAAGGUGUGGUGGAUGCGUUGAAUAAGCUACAAGGCACUCUAGAGAAACAAGUUAAUGCGAAUAUUAUAGCUUUGGAGAUGAGAAAAGAGAAUGACCAAAAAGAACUUCAAUUGAAACAACAACUCAUAAAAGAAGAGGUUGAAUUAAAAAAGAAUGUUGAAAGGAGGAAAGAGCGAGAACAUAUUAUGACUCAAGAUCUAAGUAAGCUCUCACCAACUGUUCGAGCAGCAUAUGAAGUAAUGCAAGCAAAUAUUCUAAAAGAAUGGAAAAAAGAUGGCUUCCUUGGAUCUAAAAGCACUUGACGCUCAAGACUGCACUUCUUUGGAAGUAUCUCUUUUAGAAUCUAGCCAUUUGUUUGUUGUCAAUGAUGUUUUCUUUUCAAGUGGGAUUUGUACUGGUAGACUAUUGAUAGUAAUAGGGUUUUAAUGACACGGUUUUGAAUGACUUUUUCCUUUUUUUUUUCUCCUGUUGUCGCAUGACUACUUUGGCUAUUUAGUCAAUAGUUGUUUAUCUUGAAUUGUGAUUGUUUAGUGUUUUGAAAGAACUCAGGUUGUAUGAUGUGUUUGGCAGUCAAAAGUGACUUAUGUGCUUA